AUGUCAUUAAAGACGACACUUCACAAAUUGGUGUCGUGUCAACAGAACCGAAUUUUACUUUUCAUAAGCGGUCUCCCCGUACUCGAAUGUAUUUUCUUUUGUUUGUGCAUCGGUCACGACCCGAAAGGUCUUAAAUUUGCCAUAUUUAACGACGAAUUAAAUCGUACUUAUCAAUCUUGUGACACGGUACCCUACGGUUUGGUUAAUAACACAUACGAAAAUUUAGCUUGUUUGUAUUUGAGUCACCUGAGCAAGAAAAAUGUCGAAUUUAUAAAUACAAAUAGCGAAGAAGAAGCGAUAAAUUUAGUGACAAAAGGUCACGCAUGGGGAGCUUUGGAAUUUUCUAAAAAUUAUACGGAAUCUUUAACGGAAAGAGCCAGAUUGGGUAGGCACGCAACGGAAGAUUUACUCGAACAUAGCGAUAUUAAAAUCACUAUGGAUAUGUCUGGUAAUAUUUAUUAUCAUUAUCAUUAUUAUUCUUUUGAAAAGAGGCGUGAUGAGCAUUUAAAUUUUUUUUUUUUAUUAAAAUUAGAUCAGCAAAUCGGUCAGCUUUUAAGGAGGGAUAUUUAUUAUGCAUUUGCGGAAUUCAUACAAAAUAUAUCGUUGCAAAGUAACGUUUCCGUUCGAGUCGCAUUGCCACCGAUUCAAGUACGAGAUCCCGUUUACGGAACGAGACAUCCAAAUUUUACCGAUUUUGCCGCUCCUGGAAUUAUUCUGACGAACGAAGGACUUUUAGAAAGGAGUUUAGUACUUGGAAUAACCGGACAUGAAAUAUUAUUCGGUCAUUUGAUAACACAAUUUGUACUCAUGGUAGAACAAACCAUUUCCGUUUUGGUUUUCACAUUUGCCGUUUUUCAUUUAACAAUUAACGGAAGUAUAAUUGUUAUAUUUUUCUUAGUCGUACUCACAGGAUUGUGCGGAAUGACUUUCGGUUUUAUGGUUGCUUGCUGUUGCGAAAAUGAAAGAAGUGCGACUUAUAUGGCAUUAGGAAGUUUUUUACCCAUCGUUAUGUUAUGCGGUAUUAUUUGGCCCAUAGAGGGUAUGCAUUUUUCUCUAAAAUUUAUAAGUUAUUUUUUACCUUUGACAAAAAGUACGGAAUCUUUAAGAUCCAUGUUGCAAAGAGGUUGGAAUUUUUCAAAUCCUGUCGUGAGUGUCGGUUUCCUAUCGACUCUUGCAUGGAUCGGAGUUUUUAUGAGCAUAAGCGUUUUAGCACUUAAAUUUAAAAAAGGUUAA